GCCUCCUCCCAUCUUCUCUCAUCUUCUGCUCAUCCUCCAUCAGCUCCUCUCCACAGAGGGACUGUGGUCCACGGUUUAUAAGAACGCUGACCAACUACUACUUGUUUCCACUUCCGUCUCAGCGUCUGGAGGAGCACAAAUAAAUACCAAAAAAAGUGAAUCGGAUCGCAGAAGGAGAGGAGCUGGGAGUGUUGUCAUCACCAGACCCCAACUCUUUGGGAAAUAGUUUUGUGUUUGUUUGCGUGUGAGUGUGAUUUAUUUUUUAAAUAAGCGACUUCCAGGACCUGGUGACUCCGCGGUCCCCCUCCCCAUGUCGCGCCGGGCGGGAGGCGCCUACAGCCUCCGCAGUCUGGGCGGCCUGAUGGGCGACCGGCGGCGGAAGGUCCCGGACGGCGGGGAGCGCAGCCUGAUCCGAGCCCCGUCCGCCGCCGCCGGCAUCAACACCCAGCCCGCCUCGGCGGUCAGCAGCAUGGCCGCCCAGUCCUCCACCUCCGUCGCCCAGUCCUCCACCUCCCAGUCCUCCACCUCCGCCGCCCAGUCCUCCACCUCCGCCGCCCAGUCCUCCACCUCCACCUCCCAGUCUUCCACCUCCGCCGCCCAGUCCUCCAACUCCAACCCCACCGCCGCCACCACCGGGGAUUUGGAGCGGGCGGCGCGGAAGCAGUUCCAGCAGGAUGUCACGCCGGGGUUCGUGUACGUGCUGGCCGUGUUCUCGGCUCUCGGCGGCUUCCUGUUCGGCUACGACGCCGGGGUGAUCCCCGGGGCCAUGCUGCUCCUCAAGCGGCAGAUGAGCCUCUCUGCCGGGUGGCAGGAGCUGUUGGUGUCUGGCACCGUGGCGGCGGCGGCCCUGGCUGCCCUGCUAGGCGGCGUGCUGAACGGGCUGCUCGGACGCCGGGUCUGCAUCCUGCUGGCCAGCUUCUCCUCCACCCUCGGCGGCGUGGUACUGAGCGCCGCGCCGACCAAGGAGGCGCUCCUGGCUGGGAGACUCAUCGUGGGAGUCGGGCUCGGGAUCGCGUCGAUGACGGUGCCGGUGUACAUCGCGGAGGCGUCCCCCCCCCACCUCAGAGGCCAGCUGGUCACGGUCAACACGCUCUUCAUCAGCGCGGGUCAGCUGACCGCCAGCCUCUUCGACGCCACCUUCAGCUACCUGCCGCACGACGGCUGGAGGUACAUGCUGGGUCUCUCCGCGGUGCCCGCUCUGGUCCAGUUCGUGGGCUUCCUCUUCCUGCCCGAGUCACCGCGCUGGCUGCUGCAGCACGGCCUCACCCAGAAGGCCCGGCGAGUUCUCAGCCAGAUCCGCGGCAACCAGAACAUCGACGAGGAGUUCGACAGCAUCAAGAGCAGCAUCGAGGAGGAGGAGAAGGAGGCCGCAGGAGAGGGCCCCGUGCUGUGGAGGAUGCUGACCUACGGCCCGACGCGUCGCGCUCUGCUGGUCGGCUGCGGUCUGCAGAUGUUCCAGCAGCUGUCUGGAGUCAACGCCGUCAUGUACUACAGCGCCACCAUCCUCCAGAUGUCCGGUGUCCGUGACGACCGGAUGGCCAUCUGGCUGUCCUGGCUGACGGCGCUCACCAACUUCCUGUUCACGCUUCUGGGGGUGUGGCUGGUGGAGCGCGUGGGCCGCAGGAAGCUGACCCUGGGCAGCCUGAUGGGAACGUGCGUGAGCUUGGUUCUGCUGGCGGUGGGCUUCCUCCUCUCUGCCCAGCACACACCCCCCGUGACCUUUCACCCCUCCGACCCCGCCCUGGCCAACUCCACCUGCGUCAAAUACCAGGUGUGUGAGCAGUGCAUGCUGGACCCCGGCUGUGGCUUCUGUUACCGUGACAACAGCUCGGUAUCUCAGGAGGAGGCGCCCUUCGCCUCCUCCUGCGUUCCGGUCAACAUGGCGUCCACCGAGCGAGCUGCUUGGGGCAGGUGCUCUAACGCCAGCCAGGGCAGAGAUCAGACCUACUGGGCCUUCAACUACUGCCCCACGCCCUACUCCUGGCUGGUGCUGCUGGGGCUGCUGCUCUACCUGGCCGCCUUCGCCCCUGGCAUGGGUCCGAUGCCCUGGACCAUAAACUCAGAGAUCUACCCCCUGUGGGCGCGGGGCGCGGGCAACGCCUGCUCGGCUGGGGUCAACUGGUCCUUCAACUUCCUGGUGUCCCUCACCUUCCUGCACACCUCCCAGCUCCUCACCUACUACGGGGCCUUUUUCCUGUACGCCGGCGCGGCCUCUCUGGGCGUGGUCUUCGUGUACGCCGUCCUCCCGGAGACGAAGGGCCGGCGGCUGGAGGAGGUGGAGGGCCUGUUCGAGGGCCGCCUCUGCUCCUGCGGGGCCACCGAGUCGGACGAGGGCCGGCAGGUGGAGUACAUCCGGGUCAAGGGGUCAAACUACCACCUGUCGGACAACGAGACGUCGGACGUGGACUAGGCGGCGGCGCUGGUUUGUUUUCUACGGCGAGGAGGAGUUUGGUGUCUGCUUCCGUCCACCACGUGUUCAUCUGUGUUCUUUUUAUUUAGCAGCAAGAGAGAGAAAACAGGGAGGGAGGGAAGGGGAAGAGAGGGAGAGAGAGAGAGGGAGGGAGAGAGAGAGUGUGUAAACACUGAGGGAGGGAGAGGGGAGAGAGGUGGAGAGGGAGAGAGAGGAAAAGAGAAAGAGAGAGGGAGAGGGUGAUAAAGAAAGAGAGAGAAAAAGAGCGAGAGUGUAAACAGAGAGGGAGGGAGAGGGGGGUGGAGAGGGAGAGAGGGAGGGAAAGAGGGAGAGCGAGAAAGAGCAAGAGAGUGUAAACAAGGGAGGGGAAGAGAGGGGGGAGAGAGAGGCGAGACGGAUGGAGGGUGAGACCGGCCGAGAGAGAGAGAGAGGACAGACAGAGAGACGCAUACCGACUCACACAGGACAGAUCCUGUUUUGUUGGGUUGCAGAGUAUUACCCUACGGCACAGUUUUAGUCAAGGGGCCGUGAUGUCACCCCCGGUUGUGAUUCCACAGACAAACAUCCUCCUCAAAGGAGCUAUAUCUUUGUUGCGGUGAGUCACCACUAUCAAAGAUUAAUGUUUGUUGACGUGGUUCGUGUGAGGCGUUGACACAGAGCUCACGACCGUGUGUGGAGCAGCCAGAUGUUGAUGCUGCACAGAUCAUCCAUCCAUUGGAUCAGGUCAACUCUAAAUAUGCCGAUUAAAUAGAAUACUUUGCGUUAAAUAGAAUAGCUGGACUCUCUGAU